AUGAUAAGGGUGCCUUUCUUACCACAAUAUUGCCCAACCACAUCGCAUAGCGUAUACGCUGCAUAUAAUUUGUUUUAUAAUCCAAAAAAGCACUUGACUAGUAAAUGUGCGUUAGCAUUUGAUAGCAUCAUUAACCCUUAUUGCUUGCAAAUAAGAUAUAUAUCAGUAUCUAAUGUAAGGAGUGCCCCUAAACCCAAAAGGGGAGGCAAGGUUGGAUCAAAGGAACAAAGUGACGCUACUAACACAGUUGGAAAUGAUCAUUUGUUCAACAUAUACCAAAGCAUUCCACAAGACCAUGAAUUACUACCAGAUAAGUACUAUCCCGAUUGGCUAUGGAAACUCACCGAUAUAGACAAGUCAUAUGGAGAACUAGUUUUAAUGUUCAUCCAUGGAAAGGAUAUCGAUAAGGCCACUAUUCACGAUUAUAUACGAUUUAGGAGGCUGCACAAUAAAUCCAAUAUUAGGAUAAACAAUUUAAGGUUACAGAAAAAGAGGAAGUUGGCCAUCAAAACACAUUUUUACGACGUAUAA